CACACACACACACACACAGAGAAUUGAAACUUGACUGUGUGGUGGACUCUGGUCUGUCAGGCUGUGUGAGGAGAAGAAACUCUGGCACAUGUUCAAACUAUGGAUCCGAGCUUGACAAUCCCGGUGGUGGCCGCUGUUUCUGUGGUGUUAGUGACUGUGCUGUACUUCCUCCUGGGAGGCUCUGCAGGACAGAAGAAGCUGCCUGUCACUCUACAGGAUACCAUGGUCAAAUAUUCCCUUCCCCUUAUAGACAAACAGGAAAUCAGCCAUGACACAAAAAAAUUUCGGUUUGGCCUUCCAUCUGCAACUCAUAUCCUUGGACUGCCAGUCGGUCAGCAUGUGUACCUGUCAGCCAAGGUAAACGGCAGUCUGGUGGUCAGAGCCUACACUCCAGUAUCCAGCGAUGAGGACCAGGGAUGUGUCGACCUUGUGGUCAAGGUGUACUACAAGAACUGCCACCCCUCCUUCCCAGAGGGAGGGAAGAUGUCUCAGUACCUGGACAACAUGGCUAUUGGAGAUAGCAUUGACUUCAGAGGACCCAAUGGACUGCUCGUGUAUCAGGGGAAUGGUCAGUUUUCCAUCAGACCAGACAAGAAGUCAGAGCCGAAAGUUCGGAAGUUUAAGCAAGUUGGAAUGAUCGCUGGAGGAACAGGCAUCACUCCUAUGCUGCAGUUGAUCCGCAGCAUCACAGCAGACCCCACUGAUAGCACCAAGUGCUCCCUCAUAUUUGCCAACCAGACUGAGAAAGACAUCCUUCUGAGGGAGGAGCUGGAAGAGGUAAAAAAGAACCACCCUGAUAAAGUGAAGCUGUGGUUCACACUGGACAAACCUCCGAUGGAUUGGAGCUACAGCUCAGGGUUUGUGACCGAUGACAUGAUCAAGGACCACCUUCCUGCUCCAUCUACUGAUGUCCUUGUUGUCCUGUGCGGUCCUCCACCGAUGAUCCAGAAAGCCUGUUUGCCAAAUCUGGAUAAGCUGGGACACAGAACAGAAAACAUUUUUGCAUACUAGUCUUUUGAUUGACUACAAAAUGUCUUUAUUCCCUGUAAUCAACCAAUCACUAAACCAAAAAUCAAUGUACGAACACCGUUAAUGGCCUAAUACUAUCAUGAUUUUCAUUUAGGCAUGUGUGGUUUUGAUGGCAGUGAUACUAGUACAACUGCCAACCUGUACCAUAAAGUGGGUACACAAUUGGCAUCAAAAUGAACCAGUAUCAUCACUAUGAAAAUUUCUAUGGACUCAGGUGUCUUCUUUUAUAUACAGUAUUUCAUCAAACUUCCUAUCUGUGGGUGCCUGGGUAGCUAACCUGGUAGAGCACGAGCCCAUAUACAGAGACUCAGUUCUCAAUGCAGAGGCUGUGGGUUAGAUUCCCACCUGUGAAAAGAUGCACCGGUGAGUCCAAGCAAUGUUUGCAACACUUGUAUUCAAAAAGCAGUAUUACAAAAUUUCAAUUUCAGACAAUUAUUUACUAAUUUUAUUAUUACACUUCUUUGUGAACAUAAAGACUUUGGUAAACUCAUUUAAAGCACCGAAACAAUUAGUACAACACGUCAUAAGUUAAGGUUUUUUUUUAAAAGAGAUUUGACGAAUUUUAAAAAGCAAACAUCAUUGUUUCAGCUUUAGUGCCAAAUUGUAUCUUUGUACAUUGCUCUGGAAAUGAAAAAAAAUUGUGCAUAACUGUAAGGAAAGCUGAGUUUGUUCUAAACAUUUUGAUAUGAAACACAUGGGGAUCAGUUAUAUGCAAAUACCUUAAAAAGGUGAAUUUAAGAAGCUGUGUGAAAAUGCCCUUAGCCCUUAAAAUAAAUUUAUUUUUUAGGCCAAAAUGUGAAUUCAUGUGAAAUAAAGAUGUAAAAUGACA